AUUACACCACCUCCCUCACUUUCGGACCCGCUUAAGGAACUAUUUAAACAACAGGAGGUUGUGAGAAUGAAACUGCGUUUACAGCACAGUAUUGAGAGGGAAAAGCUUAUCGUUUCUAACGAGCAAGAAGUUCUCCGUGUUCAUUACCGAGCCGCAAGAACGCUAGCUAAUCAAACACUACCAUUCAGUGCCUGCACUGUUCUGCUGGAUGCCGAGGUUUAUAACGUGCCUCUGGAUGCUCAGGCCGAUGACAGCAAAACAUCGGUGCGGGAUCGAUUUAAUGCACGACAGUUUAUGUCCUGGUUGCAGGAUGUUGAUGAUAAGUUUGACAAAUUAAAGACGUGCCUUCUGAUGAGGCAGCAGCACGAAGCAGCGGCUUUGAAUGCGGUACAGAGGCUGGAGUGGCAGCUUAAACUGCAAGAACUGGAUCCUGCUACAUACAAAUCGAUCAGCAUUUAUGAAAUCCAGGAGUUUUACGUUCCUCUUGUUGACGUUAACGAUGACUUUGAAUUGACGCCGAUAUGACAGCUAGCGUCUCCCGGCUCCCCCUUUCCCUGGCACAGCUGGAGGCGCGGUGAUACGCAAAGGUAUUCUUCUUUUCAGACAGAGCACUUAAUU